AGACUGCCAAGCCAAGUUAAAGACCAAAGCCCCUCUUAAAGCUAAAAACCUAAACUAAAAGCUAAAGCUAAGAGGGGAAGGCCCCUUUGUACUUGCACAGCGAAUCUCCUGCAAAACCAAAAGAAAAUAGAAACAAAAAGGCUUAUAGCUUAUCGUCUCUAGAACUCUCCUGUAUUUUUUCCAGCUACUUAUUCCUUGAGACAAAGACAGAGAAGUAAGGUGGUUUUUUUAUAGUUCAUUGAGCAGAUUCAGAUAUAUCAGUCAGGAAAAGGGAAAGGAAAAAAAAAAUGAACGGUGGUGAUGGGUACAGUACGAUGGAGGCGCAGUACGUACGGAGACACCACAGGCACGAGAUCAGAGACGACCAGUGCACCUCUGCUCUUGUGAAACACAUCAAAGCUCCUGUUCAUCUCGUAUGGUCAUUGGUAAGGCGAUUUGAUCAGCCGCAGAAAUACAAGCCGUUCGUAAGCAGGUGCAUCAUGAAAGGGGACCUCGGAAUUGGUAGUGUUAGAGAAGUUAACGUCAAAUCCGGCCUUCCCGCCACCACCAGCACCGAACGAUUAGAACUUCUUGAUGAUGAAGAACACAUUCUCGGCAUGAAAAUCGUCGGCGGCGAUCACCGCCUCAGGAACUAUUCUUCCAUCAUAACGGUCCAUCCUGAAGUUAUUGAAGGAAGGCCAGGGACAAUGGUGAUCGAAUCAUUCGUUGUGGAUGUGCCUGAAGGGAACACCAACGAUGAAACAUGUUACUUCGUGGAGGCUUUAAUCCGAUGUAAUCUGAAAUCCUUAGCCGAUGUUUCAGUGAGGAUGGCUGUGCUGGACCAGACAGAGCCUGUCAACCCAUAUUAAUCGAGAAAGGUGGAAUUUUGAUAGCCAAAAAAAACUAGCUUUUGUAGACAGCGGUGGGGGACAGGAGCUGUGGAUUUCAUGAUCUGGACAAGUUUUGGAUACAUUGCUCGAUGUGAUUUUAACUUUGUUAUGGGAGAGGGAGACCCUUAGCACUCUUUUUUCUGCUUUCUUAGCUUCUUUUUUUUUUUGUUUAAUGACUCAGUAGUUAUCUUUUGAGGUUUCAAAUUCAUUACAAGGCACCAAAAUUUCUGUUCUAUAAUGGGGUUCCCGACAAGUCGAAGAUGGGGUUCUUUCCACCGUUUGUUUCUCUUCUUCUGGGUUUUGUACAAUGGUGGUAAUUACGUACGUUACUAUGGUCUUAUUUGUAAAUAUUUAUGUAAGAUAAGAAAAGAUGGAAGCUUUUAUUUACAUAUUGUAGCCACAGAUGUAGGUGCACGAUGGAUUUGUGGAACCAUUUUAAGUAACACUUAUGCUCUUUUCUUUUCUUUUCUUUAUGUA